AGCAACAGCAGCAGGAAUCAGGGUUGCAAAUAAACAACUAUAGCUAUGUCACAGAACUGGGGCACCCCAGCGUUGGUCGGAUGCGGGGUCCCUCGUUGUGCCAGUCCAACUACAAGGCAUAGUUCACCAAAGGUUUGGCAUUCUCCGCCCCCAGUGCAGCAUUCCCAUGAAUACGGGCCUCAGCAGAGACGCAGAAGUCCUACCUCAAAUCAGAGCUCGCACCCCAGGGGGCAUAAAGAGUGGUCUCCGGGCCGAUGGCAACUGCUUCAAAACCAGAGGCGAAGUUGGGGAUGGAGCCCUACAACUCCACAGUUUGCUCCUCGAUAUCAAAGUAGUCCAGAACCCACGCCGUUCUUCCGAGGCGGUAAUACACAAGUUCGCGGUAAUCCCAAGACAGGAAGCUACAGAAGCGUCAGUCAUUAUUACAGUCCAUCCAUGCUAAAGGACCCAUGGGCAGAAUUGCAAUCCAAAGCCACUAAAGCAACAGAGGCCCAAAGCCGAUAGACUCCAUGGGAAUAAAACUUGUACUCGCGCUCCAUGCAAGCGCCCAGGGAAACCAGUGCCCCAACGGUGGUGUAUUGGUGCCGUAUGUACUUUUUAAUUCUGCCUUCUGCGAAGGCUGGCACAAUGUGGGCACUUUAGACUUUACGAAGACAGAAUAUAUUAUUAUUAUUAUUGAAGAAUGGUAAGCCCCAAAAAAAGCCAAUGAAGUGAAUAAAGUACAACACAUUUCAAUCAAUUGCCUCUCUCACUACAUCUUUAGCUUUCAUUAUUUAUUGAACACUGUCCAAGCCUUCCAGGGAAUCAAAUACCCCAAAUAUCCCCCAGUCUCAGUCACUGAAUCUCAUAGCAGGCCAAUAGGCAAUCAGCCCUUUCCAAGAGAAGAGACCCAGUAUCAUUAACCUUGGAAUUAUCCACAAACUGCUAUGGAUCGGCCAUAAGUGCUACCAAUGGUUACGGAUCAAUCAAUGAUCAAUAGUCAAUCUGCCCCUAAGCUCUUGCUCUAUUUCCUAUUGAAUGGAAAAAAAAAAAAA